GUGAAGUUGACUCUUUCCAUCACUAGACUGACUCUAACGCGAGGACCGCAGGUGUGAACGAAAAGAUCCACCAAACGAAUUCACAUGAACAUUUUUGGAGAAACACUGACCACUGUCGAGCCAAAUGAACCGUGCGCACCUGUUAAAAGCGUUUUGUUCUGGAACGUUUUGGUUCUACUCCUGUACGAGCGAGGCCUGAAGAAGCGCUAGGAUGACAAAUGCUACUACAGAUGAGGCCAACUCGUAUCCACACGUACGUGUUUGUGCAGCGGGAGUUUCUUUGAUCAUUUUGGCCUUUUUCAACUUGAUCAUCAACUGGACCAUAGUGCGCGAGGAGCGCCUGCGGAGCCACGCGCGCUUCGUCCUCGUGUUCCACUUGUUGCUCUCCGCGCUGGUGUACUUCGCAGUAAGCUUUAGCUUUAACUUACAAAGCUACCUGGAAGCAGCGACCACGCCAAACAUAUGCAUUGCGCUAAUCAAAGGUCUGAUGACGAGCGGCUCCAAUAUCAUCCUCACCAUCACAGCGAUGGCGCUGGACCGUUACUUUGCCAUAUGUUACCCGCUCCACUAUAGCAAAAUUACUUUCAAACCCUGGCCGUGGCUCAUCGGGAUCCUAACAUGGGGACUAGCGUCGAUUAUUCCUCUUACCCUGUCGCCCAACAUAAAUGACACUGUGCCCUGUGGAAGGAAACCUCUGCGAGGCGGAGAAAUGCACAAAAUCGGUCUAAUAACAAUUUGCACGGUUCUUAUCGUGUACAGCUAUGUACGGAUCUUAUAUGAGGGGCGUCGUCUGGGUGUGUUGAACCGGCGCAACCGAGCUGCGUGUAGGACUAUCGCUCUCCACGGCACACAGCUCGCCGUCUACAUCCUCCCCAAUUUCGUACAGUUUUUGUUGUAUAUACUUCACCGCUACUGGUCACUCAACAGAUCCACAAAAGACCUUUUUGCAGUCAUAAGUUUUGCCUUCUUCAGCCUGGGGCAGUGCAUCGCUCCGAUAGUAUACGGACUGCGUAAAGAGGAACUGCUGGAACAUCUUAAUCACCGAUUCCCGUGUUUAUCCGUCCGGCUGAAGCGCAUUUUGGAGUGGACUGUCAACAUCACACACCCCAAUCGCCGUCGCCAGCAAAGGGAGAGGAGAAUGACUUCAGAGACAUUAUUAUCAAGAGAGACUUCUCAGACGACUGUGUGACAUCUUUGGAUUAAGAGACAGACCUGAUGAGGAUUUCUCCAAAAGGAUAUUUUCUUACCAAGACUGAGAUUAAUAUUGAAUCAAACUCUAUGCAAUCAAUCUGAUGUGUUGCCUAUAAAUUCAACACAUUUUCUUCACUGAGAAAACAAAGUUGUGACUUUUAGAAAACUGUGAUUUUUAUUCUGCAAACCACAACUUCAUUAAGUUGGAGUAAAAUACAGCAGCUAUACAGAGUUCAGGAAUUACUUUUGCUGAAGACAUAGUCAACUGUGAUUUUUAUAUUAACUGUUAAUAAUACUGGUGACUUAAUGUCAUGUGAACAAGUAACAACUAGGAUGUGAAUUCUUAUUUUUCUAAAAGAUGUACAAAUCUCUUCUUUAGUAUACUUUGUUUUGGCAAAACUUAACAGUAUUUUGCAGUCAUACAUAUAAGCUAAUGACCCAAGUAAACCAGCUAAAACUUAAGACUGUGAAACAGGUUCAAUAAGAUUAUAAUGUAUGUGCAGUUAAACUGGUGACACUGGAAGAUUUGUAGUAUUUGAUAUGCUAUGUUUGUAACCACAGCAUCCUGAGUUGUCAAGACACACUGGCAUAAUAAGGUCACUAACGUUUUUUUUUUUUUUACAAUUUCCUGUAAACUGUCUCUUUACAAAUAUAUUGCAUUCAGAAACUAAUGCACUGGUGAAAGGACAAAACUCAUGAUACUGGGAGAUUUUGAAUGU